AAUCAAACAAUUCUCACAAUGGCAAUAUUAGUGAACUCGUGGGAAAGUCGAAGAAGGCUGCUUUUUCGUUGUGGACCUUACUUCACGCCAAGGUAUGUUGCAUGGUUUGCUUCUUGGAUGUUUUGAGAAAGAAUAAUUUACGAAAAAUCUGAAGUCGUUGUAGUGUAUACGCCCAAAUGAUGUUUGCAUCCUCAGUCACGAAGAAAACACUCAACUUUUAUAUAUUUUUCCUGGCAAAAACAGAACUGCAGGCUUGGGGUCGAUCGAUGUUCACAUCCAGGUUGCGCCGAGGCGAAACUGAUGUAUCUUCAUCACAAAACGUGUGCUGCUGUUUGUACAGAAGCAUGUCCGACGAACCACAAGGGAUGUCAGGAUGCUAGAAAGCUACUGGCUCACUUCCGUCGUUGCCGUGAUAUAAGGGCAAGGCAAUCUCAAAAUCCAAAUAGUAAAAACAAACAACAGCACGUUUGUCUCAUCUGCUCAUUGGUUGCCCGUCAUGCAAAGUUCACGUUGGACCGACAUGCGUCUAAGAACGUAGCGAAGAACGGAACAACUUGCCAUUACAUUCCAUCUCUCAACCUAAGCUUUGAUUCGUGCAAUGGUAKAAGAAAUCGAUCACUUUCAGCUGCAACUUAUUUCUCUUCGAGCAAUGAAUCUUCUCAAAAACCUCGCUUCGCCUUUUCUAGAAGGCCAAGCAGUUCUAGUGAUGGCGCUGGUGCUGGAUUUCAGGCCUUGCAGGCAGCUGUCUCAUGUGCUCUGAGCUCAAGCACUCCGGCGAAGUCUGCAGGUGGAAGAGAAAAAUCAGUUGGGGAAAGACAAAACUUUCAACGCCCUCGCGCCGAAAGUCUGGAUGUGCGAAGGUGCCAACAGCAGAAAACGCAAGAGAAGAACAUGAGUUACCUUUAUCUCGCUGCAGUCGACAACUUUUCAGACGACCUUCCGCUGGAACUUCCAAAGAAUAAUGUUUCGAGUGCUCGACGGCGUAGCCUUUCUUGCUCUGUUCCAUCAAAAAACAACAAACAAUCAGCUACGGGUGGCAGCAAUACGAUACUCCAAAAAUCAACGAUUGCAGAAGAUCUUCAAUACAUCUUGGGGGGGGGCACGUAACGUGGUACGCUGCAAUAGAUUGACACUCAAUAC